CCGGUCGCGUGCGCGAACCCGAGUCCAAGCCCGCGCCUGCGCUUGAGUAAGCGCAUGCCCGCGUAGGAUUCUAAACCGGUAUAGAGUCUGGGUCACGAGCCUUUCUUAAUAGAAAAAUUAAAAAAAAGGAAAAAAAGAAAAAGCGCAAGAACGCAAGCGGGAAACCCUGUGAAAAAUACAGCGACGACUCCGUGUACAGGUUUGGCAUUGUCAUCGGUGUAGGUCAUAAGCAGCCGGAGCAGGAGGCCAGUGUCGUAACGCAACGGCAGCGAACGGCGAAGCGGGCUGCAGGAGCGACGACAGCUUGCACCGGGCUGCUUUAAAAGGCAAAGAUGCCGGCCGUAUCCAAGGGCGACGGGAUGCGGGGCCUUGCGGUCUUCAUCUCCGACAUCAGGAACUGUAAGAGCAAAGAAGCAGAGAUUAAGCGGAUUAACAAAGAGCUGGCAAACAUUCGCUCAAAGUUUAAAGGUGACAAAGCUUUGGAUGGCUACAGCAAGAAGAAGUAUGUGUGCAAGUUGCUUUUCAUCUUCCUUUUGGGGCAUGACAUUGAUUUUGGUCACAUGGAGGCUGUCAACCUGCUCAGUUCCAACAAGUAUACAGAAAAGCAGAUUGGCUAUCUCUUUAUUUCCGUCCUUGUCAAUUCCAACAGCGAGCUGAUUCGGCUCAUCAACAAUGCCAUUAAGAACGAUUUGGCCAGUCGCAAUCCAACCUUCAUGUGCUUGGCUUUGCACUGUAUUGCUAAUGUGGGCAGUCGUGAGAUGGCUGAGGCAUUUGCUGGAGAAAUACCUCGGAUUCUAGUUGCCGGGGAUACAAUGGACAGUGUCAAGCAGAGUGCAGCACUCUGCCUUUUGAGGCUCUACAAGACUUCGCCAGACCUGGUACACAUGGGCGAGUGGACAUCAAGGGUGGUUCACCUCCUCAAUGACCAACACAUGGGUGUUGUAACUGCUGCAAUCUCCUUAAUCACCUGCUUAAGCCAAAAGAAUCCAGAGGAGUUUAAAACCUGCAUUUCACUUGCUGUUUCCCGACUCAGCCGAAUAGUGUCUUCAGCCUCAACAGACUUGCAGGACUACACUUAUUACUUUGUUCCUGCACCUUGGCUCUCUGUCAAGCUUUUGAGACUACUUCAGUGUUAUCCACCACCAGAAGACGGUGCUGUGAAGGGACGGUUGGUGGAAUGCCUGGAGACAAUUCUGAACAAAGCACAAGAACCACCGAAGUCAAAAAAAGUGCAGCAUUCUAAUGCAAAGAAUGCUAUUUUGUUUGAAGCCAUCAGUUUGAUCAUUCACUAUGACAGUGAACCCAACCUACUUGUGAGAGCCUGCAACCAACUAGGCCAGUUUCUGCAGCACCGGGAGACUAACUUGCGUUAUCUUGCAUUAGAGAGCAUGUGUACGCUGGCCAGCUCGGAAUUUUCACAUGAAGCUGUGAAGACACACAUAGAGACAGUUAUUAAUGCCCUUAAGACAGAGCGAGAUGUGAGUGUACGACAGAGAGCUGCUGACCUCCUGUAUGCCAUGUGUGACCGAAGCAAUGCCAAACAGAUUGUGGCUGAAAUGUUGAGUUACUUGGAAACCGCAGAUUAUUCCAUCCGAGAAGAAAUUGUCUUAAAAGUAGCCAUUUUGGCAGAGAAGUAUGCGGUAGACUAUUCUUGGUAUGUAGACACUAUUCUCAACUUAAUCCGAAUUGCUGGGGACUAUGUGAGUGAAGAGGUCUGGUAUCGUGUCAUACAGAUUGUUAUCAACCGAGACGAUGUGCAAGGUUAUGCAGCCAAGACUGUCUUUGAGGCUUUGCAGGCCCCAGCUUGUCAUGAGAACAUGGUGAAAGUUGGAGGCUACAUCUUGGGAGAGUUUGGAAACCUUAUUGCUGGAGAUCCAAGAUCUAGUCCACUUGUUCAGUUCAACCUUUUGCACUCAAAGUUCCACCUAUGCUCUGUUCCAACACGUGCUCUUCUUCUUUCGGCCUAUAUCAAGUUCAUCAACCUUUUCCCAGAAACAAAAUCAACCAUCCAGGAGGUACUGCGGUCUGACAGCCAAAUACGCAAUUCGGAUGUGGAGUUACAGCAGAGGGCAGUAGAAUAUCUUAAGCUGUCCUCAAUUGCUAGUACUGAUGUCUUGGCAACUGUUUUGGAGGAGAUGCCCCCUUUCCCAGAAAGAGAGUCUUCUAUCCUUGCCAAGUUAAAGAAGAAAAAAGGCCCAGGUGCUGUGUCAGUUUCUGAGCUUGAGGAUGGGAAGAAAGAAGCUGGCUCUGAAAUCAAUGGUGGAGGAGGAGCUGAGUCGGCAGCUGCUGCCUCCAAUGCUUCAACUCCUUCUCCAUCUGCUGAUCUUUUGGGUCUGAGAUCUGGAGCCGCAGGAAUCGGUUCUGCUACUGGUGCUGGCAGCUUACUGGUGGAUGUCUUCUCUGAGUCUGGCACUGCUGCUACUGCUUCCUCAGGGACUGACGAGAAUUUUCUAAGAGACCUGGACCUGCCUACAGAAAGCUCUGACUCCUUAUUGGUGGACUCUGCCUUGGCCUCUGAUUCUACCCCUUCAUCUGCUCUUGGUUCUGAAGACCCUGCCCCUGCUCUACCUGAAUCAGAUGAGCUCCUUCACAAGUUUGUUUGCAAGAAUAAUGGUGUGCUUUUUGAAAAUCAUCUAUUACAAAUAGGAAUAAAGUCUGAAUACCGACAGAACCUUGGUCGGAUGUAUCUCUUCUUUGGUAACAAGACAUCAAUGCAGUUUAUUGGUUUCAGUACCACAGUCACUUGUCCAGGAGAGCUACAAUCUCAGCUAAAUAUCCAGACAAAACCAGUGGAGCCACUGGUGGAAGGUGGGGCUCAGGUUCAGCAGGUCCUCAAUAUUGAAUGUUUGUCAGAUUUUACAGAAGCACCGCUGCUUAACAUCAGAUUCAGGUAUGGAGGUACCCUUCAAAAUAUCACUUUAAAGCUUCCCAUCACCAUCAACAAGUUCUUUCAGCCAACAGAAAUGGCAUCACAAGAUUUCUUCCAGCGAUGGAAACAGCUUAGCCAGCCCCAGCAAGAAGCGCAAAAGAUCUUCAAGGCUACUCAUCCAAUGGAUUCAGAAGUACUCAAAGGCAAGCUACUUGGACUCGGUACAGCUUUGCUGGAAAAUGUAGACCCAAAUCCUGAAAACUUUGUGUGUGCUGGAGUGAUCCAAACAAAAGCACUGCAGGUUGGGUGUUUGCUACGUCUAGAGCCUAAUGCUCAGGCGCAGAUGUACCGACUUACCCUGCGCAGCAGUAAGGAGAGUGUCUCCAAGAGGUUGUGUGAACUUGUGGCAGAGCAAUUUUAAGAAACAAAUGAAGGGCAAAAUGUUCUGGAGCAAAACACUUCUCCAGAGCAUGUAUUUAAAGACAUAAAAAGACAUACACAGAAAAACAAAAGACAUGAAGGGGGGUUCAUUCUAGAGUGGAGAAAUAUUGGGAGAAUCAUUCUAAUAUGUCCCAGCAUGCCUCUCUGUUUGUCUCUCUGUGCUACAAAGUUAUUAUUUACAUGUGAAGGUGUAUACAAAAGCUAUAUUGUAUAAUUAGAGUUAGUGUAUUAUUUAGCGAGUGCUAGUGUGUGUGUGCGCGUAAGUGUGUGUGUGUGUGUGUGUGUGUGUGAUCUUUGUGCUCUGUGUUUGCGCCCUCUGUUGUUUUAGUGAAUUCAGGGGUGCUGAGGUUCAGAGAGAAGAUUUCCCUGCUGAAACUGGGCCCCAAAACAAACUAGGGCCCCUACUCUUUAAGUUUCUGCUUAGCAGAACUUCAAAAGGCCUUUGCUGUGACCUUAAUCUUAUUAAAAAAUAAAGCAAAAUGGCGCAUUCCCAGCUUGUCAGUAAAUCACAUGCUACAUUCCAAGAUUGUCGAGGAAGAUGCAUAUGUAUUUUCUGACUUGCUGCAGAGUCUUUUGAUGAGUCUCAAUAGCACUUGAUACAUUCCUAGUGAAUGAAGGCACACACUUCCACAUUCCCCACACCCAACGCUUUACCUUCUUUUCUGCUUUGCUACUCACAGAUUCAAGAAAUUGUUAUGCACUUGAAGAGGGGAGCAAAUGAAAACUUUUUUCAUCCACUGAGAGCCAUCUGAGAUCAUUCCAUGCAUGAGCAUAAAGUGGAAGGAGUGCAAAUUAAUAUAUAUAGUUUACUAUUGCUCCAUCCCUUUUUGUGCUACAGUAUCACAGCACUACCAGCCUCUCUCACGUUUAUGCUAUAAUGCAGUGCAAGAACCCUCAAUAUCAAGAAAUCUUCAGGUUUGUUUUUUUUAACAUUACCUUCCCAUACACUUAUCCCAUUUCCAUUAGAAUCUCAGUGUCUUUUCUUUUGAUAGACCCUAAAUAUGGUUGUCUUGUUACCCAGGACCAGGAUUUGGACCAGGAUAUAGCAUCAAUAGCAUUCAUUCUUUGUUUUUGUGUUCUUGUUAUAUAAUGACCAUGUUGUUCCUACUUCCCUGUUUUCAGAAUUGAGAACACAGCACUGCUCAUUUUCCAUGGUUUGCAACCAGAAAUUUAAUUUUCUGUGAUGGUGUUUGUUUUGUACUCAUUUUUCUCCUUCGCAGCUUUUACUCUCAAAAAGCAGUUCAUAGGCUGUUUCUUCUAACACCUUCCAUGUUAAUCAUAUUCAUUAUGUUGGACCUUCUGUCCUGUUUAUAUCUAUUUCUUUCCAUGAGAUGUAAACAUGAGUACCAAAGGAAAAUCUGAACACUACACAACCUACUUUUUUCCCUAACAUGCCUCGUAAACACUGCCAUCUUCAUAAUCACUAAGUCCAGAGUACAACUUAAGUAGCGUUCCUCACUUCUGUAUUCUCUAGCUGAUAGUCCCAGCAUCGCUUACUUCCACCAAAAUUGUAAAUUGUGGACAUUUACUUUGAUAAAUUAACAAGCAGUACUCUCCCCAAUUUAAUUGCAGCCAGAGCACCACUACCUUUACUUUCAUAAUCACCAGUUUACAGGCCUUGCCAGUUGCCUGCUAUGUAGAAACCCAGACAGCAAGACCACAGCAAAUGCUGUAUCUGUGAUGAAUUUUGCAGAUUAUUAUUUCUGGGUUUAGGAAGAAAGUCCCUGUCAGUUGUGUUGUAAGCAGCAGAAUUUCACACCUAGCCUAUUUUUGCAUCUGACAUUCUGUAUGUUGACUUUAAACAAAAAUCGGUCUAGGCUUGUACGCACUGGUCACAAUCCCAAAACUAAAAUGGGUCAGUCAGACUGCUUUAUGACUAGAGCAGUUCAGUGUUUUAGUGGUACAGCUCUGGUAACAACUGUAUUAUAUAUAUAUAUAUAUAUAUAUAUAUAUAUAUAUAUAUAUAUAUAUAUAUAUAUAUAUAUAUAUAUAUAUAUA